AUGGCUCCACCAAGCUCCUCCAAGGACAAGUUCUUCAAGAAGGUCAUCAACACGUACCUACCAGAGGUGUUGAAGCACCCUCAAGCCAUUGAGAUGUGUGAGGGGGCGCUCCACAUCCAGGAUGCUCAAGGGCCCAACAGGACGGGAAGCGUGGAGGCCAGGCUCGAGGCGGUGGAACAGGACAUCUUCAAGUUCCAAGGGAUGGUGGAGCGUGGACUCAGUGCCAAUCACUCCAUGAUCACAGAAUUCACCCGUGAUCACAUGGUGGAUGGCCGGUCUAUGAAGGACAUCGUCUUCACCUUCAAUAAGCAAAUCAAUUUUCUGCACGGGAUCACCUCAUAG